GCCCUGCGUCUCUCCGGCCGGACUGCCAUGGCUAGCCGUGGUGUCGUCGCCCCGGUCGGCGAGGGGUUGCGCUGCGCUGAGUACUUACCGCCCUCCGCCAAACGUCCCGUCGCCGACCUCGACCAGCAGGGACCGUCAAGAAGUUUGAUAACUGUAGGACUGGGUGUUGCGGCUCUUGUAUUUGCAGGUCGCUAUACAUUUCGGAUCUGGAAACCUCUAGAAGAAGUUAUCACAGAAACUGCAAAGAAGAUUAGGCUUUCAUCCUACUAUAAAGGAGGAUUUCAACAGAAAAUGAGUAGGCGAGAAGCUAGUCUUAUUUUAGAUGUAAGCCCAUCUGCUGGCAAGGCUAGGAUUAGAGCAGCUUAUAGGAGAAUCAUGAUUUUGAAUCACCCAGAUAAAGGUGGAUCUCCUUACUUAGCAAUCAAAAUAAAUGAAGCAAAAGACUUACUAGAAACAACAACCAAACACUGAUUGAUGCUCAAGCAUCACGCUGAAGGGGGAAAAAAAUAAAAAAUAAAAAAAAUAAAAAAGCCUUGCAAAAUAUUCUAAAACAUGGUCUUCUUAAUUUUCUGUAAGCAUUGACCACAUCCUUCCUUCCACCAUUAGGCUGUAUAACAAUAAAAUAUUAAUAGUCUUGCUUUUU